GGUCUCCGCCUCUGGGUUAGGGCCAGCGCUGAGCUCCGCGCGCCCGGAGGGGCGGGACAGGAGGGGCGGCCGCGUCCCAGACCCGUUUAACUUUCGUGGCGGCGCGGGCUGGAGGCCGGCGUCGGGGACAGUCAGGCUCCAGCGCUCCGCACGAGGUGUUGCUGGUCGCCGCUGCCAGCUUGCUUCUCUGCAGAGCGCACCUCUGCUGUGCCCACAGACGCCACUGCGGCGCGAGCAUCCGGGGCCGAGUGCAGGGACACGUGUGGGCAUCCAGGGACAGGUCUCUUCGGGGGAUGGUUGUGAGUGAGACCCCUAGAAUAUUAGAUCCCAUGGCUUUCUGGACAGGCCCCUGGUGGCUGCUGACGUGGAUGAUCUUCAUGCGCUGUGCUCUUCUGCAGACCACAGCAGAGAAGUCUCCUGGAGCCUACUUCCUUCCUGAGUUUGCACUUUCUCCUCAGGGAAGCUUCCUUGAAGAUACCACAGGGGAGCAGUUCCUCACAUAUCGCUAUGAUGACCAGACCUUAAGAAAUGCUCGUUCAGAUGAAGAUAAAGAUGGCAACUGGGAUGCUUGGGGCGACUGGAGUGACUGCUCCCGGACCUGUGGGGGAGGGGCCUCCUAUUCUCUGAGGAGAUGCCUGAUUGGAAGGAAUUGUGAAGGACAGAACAUCCGAUACAAGACAUGCAGCAAUCAUAACUGCCCAGCAGAUGCAGAAGACUUCAGAGCCCAGCAGUGCUCAGCUUACAACGACGUGCAGUACCAGGGGCGUUACUAUGAAUGGCUUCCACGCUACAACGACCCUGCUGCCCCCUGUGCUCUCAAGUGUCAUGCCCGGGGACAGAACUUGGUAGUGGAGCUGGCCCCCAAAGUGUUGGAUGGAACUCGUUGCAAUGCUGACUCCCUGGAUAUGUGCAUAAGUGGUAUCUGCCAGGCAGUGGGCUGUGAUCGGCAGCUGGGAAGUCAUGCCAAAGAGGAUAACUGCGGUGUCUGCGCGGGGGAUGGCUCUACCUGCAGGCUGGUGCGGGGUCAGGCCAAGACACACGUGUCUCCUGAGAAAAGAGAAGAAAAUGUAAUUGCUGUUCCUCUGGGAAGUCGAAGUGUGAGAAUUACUGUGAAAGGACCUGCCCGUCUCUUUAUUGAAUCAAAAACACUUCAAGGAAGCAGAGGAGAACACAGCUUCAGCAGCCCUGGGAUCUUUGUUGUAGAAAACACAACAAUUGAGUUUCAGAAAGGUGCAGAGAGGCAAACCUUUAAGAUUCCAGGACCUCUGAUGGCUGAUUUCAUCUUCAAGACCAGGUACACCGUGGCCAAAGACAGCGUGGUCCAGUUCUUCUUUUACCAGCCCAUCAGUCAUCAGUGGAGACAAACUGAAUUCUUUCCUUGCACCGUGACCUGUGGAGGAGGUUAUCAGCUGAACUCUGCUGAAUGCAUGGACAUUCGCCUGAAGAGGGUUGUGCCUGACCACUAUUGCCAUUACUACCCAGAAAAUAUAAAGCCCAAACCAAAGCUGAAGGAAUGCAGCAUGGAUCCUUGCCCAUCAAGUGAUGGAUUUAAAGAGAUUAUGCCGUAUGACCACUUCCAACCUCUCCCUCGCUGGGAACAUAAUCCUUGGACGGCAUGCUCAGUGUCCUGUGGAGGGGGGAUUCAGAGACGGAGUUUCGUGUGUGUGGAAGAAUCCAUGCAUGCAGAGAUACUACAAGUAGAAGAGUGGAAAUGCAUGUAUGCGCCCAAGCCCCAGGUCAUGCAGACUUGCAACUUGUUUGAUUGCCCGAAGUGGACUGCCAUGGAGUGGUCUCAGUGCACAGUGACAUGUGGCCGAGGAUUGCGCUACAGGGUGGUUCUGUGCAUUAACCACCAUGGGGAACACGUGGGAGGAUGCAACCCACAAAUGAAGCUGCACAUCAAAGAGGAAUGUGUCAUCCCUAUCCCAUGCUAUAAGCCAAAAGAGAAAAGUCCAGUGGAAGCAAAAUUACCUUGGCUGAAACAAGCACAAGAGCUGGAAGAGACCAGAAUAGCAACAGAAGAACCAACGUUCGUUCCGGAACCCUGGUCAGCCUGCAGCACCACGUGUGGGCCUGGCGUUCAGGUGCGUGAGGUGAAGUGCCGGGUGCUCCUCACCUUCACACAGACGGAAACUGAGCUCCCUGAGGAGGAAUGUGAAGGCCCCAAGCUACCCACUGAGCAACCAUGCCUCCUUGAAGCCUGUGACCAGACCUCUGCGUCCCGAGAGCUGGGUGUCCCUCUCCAUGAGGACAGCAAGAUGACUUACGACUGGGAGUACGCUGGCUUUACUCCCUGCACAGCAACAUGUUUGGGAGGCCAUCGAGAAGCCAUAGCAGUGUGCAUACACAUAGACACCCAGCAGACAGUCAAUGAUAGCCUGUGUGACAUGACUCACCGUCCUCCAGCAAUGAGCCAGGCCUGUAACACUGAGCCCUGCCCACCCAGAUGGCACAUGGGCUCUUGGGGACCUUGCUCAGCUACCUGCGGUGUUGGAAUCCAGAGCCGAGAGGUAUACUGCCUGCACCCUGAGGAAUCCCCAGCCCCUCCUGAGGAAUGCAGAGAUGAAAAGCCCCAUGCCUUACAAGCGUGCAAUCAGUUCGACUGCCCGCCCAGCUGGCAUAUUGAAGAGUGGCAGCAGUGUUCCAGGACAUGUGGUGGGGGAACUCAGAACAGGAGAGUCACCUGUCGGCAGCUGUUAACAGAUGGCAGUUUUCUGAAUCUGUCAGAUGAAUUAUGUCAUGGACCCAAGGCAUCUUCUCAUAAGUCCUGUGCCAGAACGGACUGCCCUCCUGAGUUAGCUGCCAGAGACUGGUCAAAGUGCUCUGUCACUUGUGGCGUUGGAUUCCAGAGAAGAAAGCAGGUGUGUCAAAGGCUGACUGCCAAAGGCCGGCGCGUCCCCCUCAGUGAGGUGAUGUGCAGGGGCCUGCCGGGGCUCCCCCUCAUGAGACCUUGCCGGAUGCCUGCGUGCAGUAAAGCAAAACAAGAUACAAAGACAAAACUUGGAGAGCUGGGUCCCCAGAUUCUCAGUGUCCAGAGAGUCUACAUUCAGACUAGAGAAGAGAAGAGGAUUAACCUGACAAUCGGCAGUAGAGCUUAUUUGCUUCCCAACACAUCUGUUAUUAUUAAAUGCCCAGUACGGCGAUUCCAGAAAUCUCUGAUCCAGUGGGAAAAGGAUGGCCGUUGUCUGCAGAACUCGAAGCAACUUGGAAUCACUAAGUCGGGCUCACUAAAAAUCCACAGACUUGCAGCCCCGGAUAUUGGCGUGUACCGGUGCAUUGCAGGCUCUGCCCAGGAAACGGUUGUUCUCAAGCUCAUUGGAACUGACAACCGGCUCAUUGCACACCCAUCCCUGAGAGAGCACAUGCGGGGGCAUCUUGGGGUGGACCACAACGAAGCCAAUAGUUUGGGAGCCACGUGGCAUAAAAUGCGUCAGAUGUGGAAUAACAAAAAUGAGCUUUAUCUGCAUGAUGGUGAAAUUAAUAACCAGCCAUUGCUGAGAGCUCUGCUGGGGCCCUGUAGGACGUCUACAGGAAGCACUAACUCUUGGGAGUUUAAAAAUAAACAGUUUGAAGCAGCCGUGAAACAGGGAGCAUACAGUAUGGACACAGCUCAGUUUGAUGAGCUCAUAAGAAACAUGAGCCAGCUCAUGGAGACAGGAGAGGCCAGCGAUGACCUUGCAUCCCAGGUGAUAUAUCAGCUGGUGGCUGAGUUGGCUAAGGCUCAGCCUAUGCCCACACAAUGGAGGGGCAUUCAGGAAGAGGUCCCUCCUGAGGCUCAGCUCCGAGGGGAGACAGGAAGAGUUCCCCAGAGCCCCACGGUGAAAAACUCAGGCAAGUUGACUUUUAAGCCAAAAGGACCUGUUCUCAUCAGGCAAACCCAACCCCCUUCAGUUUCAUUUAACAAAACAAUAAAUGCAAGGAUUGGAAAUACAAUAUACAUUACAAAAAGGACAGAAGUCAUCAAUAUUCUUUGCAACCUUGUUACCCCUGGUGAGGCCACGUAUACUUGGACCAAGGAUGGAGCAUUGCUACAACCCUCCCUGAAGAUCAUUUUGGAUGGAACUGGGAAGAUACAGAUACAAAAUCCUACAAGGAAAGAGCAAGGAAUAUAUGGAUGCUCUGUAGCUAAUCGUCUUGGUUCGGAUGUAGAAAGUUCAUCUGUGCUGUAUGCAGAGGCACCUGUCAUCUUGUCUAUUGAAAGAAAUAUCACCAAACCGGAACACAACCAUCUGUCUGUCCUGGUGGGAGGCACUGUGGAAGCAGCCCUUCAAGCAAAUGUGACAAUCCGUUGUCCCGUAAAAGGUGUCCCUCAGCCUAAUGUAACUUGGUUGAAGAGAGGAGGAUCUCUGAGUGACAAUGUUUCCUUGCUUUUCAAUGGAUCCCUGUUGUUGCAGAAUGUUUCCCUUGAGAAUGAAGGAACCUACAUUUGUACAGCCACCAAUGCUCUUGGAAAAGCAAUGGCAACAUCUGUGCUCCACUUGCUGGAGCGAAGAGAACCAGGCAGUAAGAUUGUGUUUCCUAAGGGACAGAAAAAGCAUAGUCCCCAGGCAUCCAACAUCAGAACCAACAGCAGUGACCCAACAAGAGCAACCCUGCCUCAAGAGCCUUUUUGGGACUCUGGUAACUGGACACAUUGUUCUGCCACCUGCGGCCCCUUAGGAGUCCGCCUUCAGAGACCCCAGUGUAUGAUGGCCAAUGGGCAGGAAGUGAGUGAAGCCCUUUGUGGUUCCCUCCAGAAGCCACUAGCUGGGUUCCAGUCCUGCAACACCCGCGAUUGCCCGGCAAGGUGGUUCACAAGUGUGUGGUCAGAGUGCUCUGUGUCUUGUGGUGAAGGAUUUCACAGUCGGCAAGUGACCUGCAAGCAGACAAAAGCCAAUGGGACUGUACAGGUGGUGUCUCUCAGGGCGUGUGCCUCUAAAGACCAGCCUCUAGGAAGAAAACCCUGUUCUGUCCACCCAUGUGUUCAACAAGUCAUUGACUCAGGGAGCCAGUGUCCUAGGCAGUGCAUGGGCUAUGCCCUGAGGAUGCAGCAGCGUUACACAGUUUGUGGCCACAACAGCUCUGACUCUGACUGUGAGGACAGAAGGAGACCUGCCUUUAGGAGGAACUGCACAUCAGGGCCCUGUGAGGCAUGCUGGCAUACAGGACCCUGGAAUCCCUGUACAGCAGCCUGUGGCAGGGGCUUCCAGUCUCGGAAAAUCGACUGCAUUCACGCAGGGAGCUGCAAACCUGUGGCUGACAGACACUGUGUACAGAAAAAGAAACCAGCUUCCUGGAGGCACUGUCUUGGGCCUUCCUGUGAUAGUACGUACCCCUCUCAGGAGACUGCACAGACACAACUCACUACUGUAGGUUCGUAAAGUACCUUAACUUGUGCUCUCUGGUCCUCUACAAACAAAGGUGCUGUCAGUCGUGCCAAGAAGGAUAAACCUUUGGUGGCGCUGUGAUGCUGCUGUGAUGAUAAAAGAAAAAUAUAAAAGCUCCUUUCCCCAUGUCUGUGGUUCAAACACGCAUAUUUCUUAAAGACUCGAGAUUCCAUAAUCAAGAAGAGAUUGAUGCAAAAACAAUACUGCUAAAAUAUUGUAAAGUUCAGUUUCCUCAUGGUUGGCUUUUAAUUCCAGUUCCUAUAAAUGACAUAUUCUAGGAUUAACAAAAAUACCAUAGUACCCAUGGCCCUUGCUCUUUGGACCUCAUCAUAUCCAUGUAAUCAGGAAGUCACAAAGUGGUGAGCACAUCAUCACCUGCUGUGAUUUGUAGACUAGGACAAAGUAAUCCAUUCUGAAGACUUGGAGACACAGCAAUAGAUAGCUUCUUUCAAGUUGUAGAGUUUCAACAUACUUACAAGGUAUUUGCAUUUUAAAGGCACUAGCAUUUUCAUAGAUCCUUAAGUA